GGCAAGAAAACUCUUGUGUCGUUACUGAGUCUCCGUGAUUUAUCCUUCCACAGUCCUCUCAGGCCGGUGUGUGGGGCCCUUGGAGCGAGGGAUUUCGCCUUUGUGGCAAGAAAACUCUUGUGUUGUUACUGAGUCUCCGUGAUUUAUCCUUCCACAGUCCUGUCAGGCCGGUGUGUGGGGCCCUUGGGGCGAGGGAUUUGGCCUUUUGCGGGCGAGAAAGCUCUUGUGUUUGUAGGUCCAUCUGGUUUAUUAUUGUCCUGCAGUGAAGGAUGGUGUUGAAUUGCAACAUAUCUCUAUCCACAUUGUCUGGCAUUUUCAUCUGUUUCAUUCUAUUGAACAGCAGCCUUUGUGGUUCUGUUCAGAGUGACAUUGAUUGCCUACAAGCCAUCAAGAAUUCCUUGAAAGAUCCUCUCAAGUACUUGAGCUCUUCGUGGGAUUUCAACAAUAAAACCGAAGGUUUCAUCUGCAAAUUCACCGGGAUUGAUUGCUGGCAUCCCGAUGAAAACAAAGUGUUAAACAUCAAGCUUAUAGACAUGGGGCUCAAGGGGGAGUUCCCCCUUGGUCUAGCGAAUUGCACAUCUUUGACAGGGUUGGAUCUUUCUAGCAACGAUAUCUAUGGACCUAUCCCGCCUAACAUCUCCAAUGUCAUCAAGUAUGUGACCACGCUUGAUCUCUCCUCCAACCAGCUCUCGGGAGAGAUCCCGAGGGGUCUUGCAAAUUGUUCCUACCUGAAUGUCCUUAGGCUUGACAGCAACCAGCUAACAGGUCAAAUCCCUCGAGAACUUGGCCAGCUCAAUCGAAUCAAAACAUUUAGUGUAUCUAAUAACACUCUCUUGACUGGGCCAGUUCCUCGUUUUGGAGUAAAUGUCAGUAUCCCUGCUGAUAGCUAUGCUAAUACUGGACUCUGUGGAGGGCCUUUGCCUGGUUGCCAAGGCUCAAAUAAACCACGCCCUCUAGUCAUUGUUGGUGCAGCUGUUGCUGGGGCAACCGUUGCAGCCAUAGCUAUGGCUGUUGGCACAUUUUACUAUAUGCGUAGGGUAUCCAGGAAGAAGAGGAAGGAAGACGAUCCCGAUGGUAAUAAAUGGGCAAAGAGUAUUAAGGAUGCCAAAGCAAUCAAGCUUUCGAUGUUUGAGAAGUCUGUUUCGAAAAUGAGGUUGAGUGAUCUCAUGAAGGCCACGAAGAACUUCCACAAGGACAACAUCAUUGGUUCAGGAAGAACGGGGACGUUUUACAAGGCUGUGCUUGGGAACGGGAUGUCUCUCAUGAUUAAGAGAUUGCAGAACACGCAGCACUCUGAGAAAGAAUUCGUGUCCGAGAUGGGUACUCUCGGGAAUGUAAAGCACCCGAACUUGGUUCCUCUCUUAGGAUUUUGCGUGGCUAAGAAAGAAAGGCUGUUGGUGUACAAGUACAUGGAGAAUGGCAGUUUGCAUGAUAGGCUACAUUUGGUAGGUGAUGGGGAGAAAGCGUUGGAAUGGGCUGCGAGGCUCAAAAUCAGCAUCGGGGCAGCCAAAGGAUUUGCGUGGCUCCACCACAACUGCAACCCGAGGAUUAUCCACCGAAACAUUAGCUCUAAGUGUGUGUUAUUGGACCCGGAUUUCAACCCCAAGAUAUCCGAUUUUGGACUUGCGAGGCUCAUGAAUCCAAUCGACACUCACUUGAGCACGUUUGUGAAUGGCGAAUUCGGGGACCUGGGAUAUGUUGCUCCCGAAUACACCCGAACUCUCGUUGCCACGCCUAAGGGAGACGUCUACAGCUUCGGGGUAGUACUACUCGAGCUGGUCACGAGCGAGAGACCAACAAACGUGAGCAGAGCUCCCGAGAGCUUCAAGGGGAGCCUGGUGGAGUGGAUUUCCCAGCUCUCCAUUGAAUCCAGAAUUCAAGAUUCAAUCGACAAUUCCCUGCUUGGACCACGGGGCUAUGACACCGAGGUUCUCCGGGUUCUUAAACUCGCUUGUCGCUGUGUGCUGCUAGCUCCCAAGGAGCGACCCACAAUGUACGAAGUCUACCAGCUGUUGAGAGCCAUUGGAGAGCGGUACCAUUUCACAACGUACGAUGAAAUUCUGAUGCCCAUAGAGAACGGUGGCGAUGUUGAGCUAGAAGAACUGAUUGUCGCCCGAGAGAUGGUAGAGAUCCAUUGAGAUUCAAGAAUCAAGAAUCAAGAAUCAAGUACUCACUAUACCAGUAAGUUGACUCUUAUCAUAUGUAAUUAUAGUAUAAUUUAUCCAUUUUCUGAAAUAAAUUCUUACAGCAUCAAGGCUUCAUCGCUUUAGCAUUUGAAUACGAUAGAGUUC